UUCAGAUGUUUUUAUUAUCGAAAUACUAGAGACUAAAUGAAGCGUAGUAUGAAAAUUAGACCUCCGUAAAUUAGUAUUCAAAUAUUUUUUGGCGGGACCUUGAACGUUAGUUUUUCAUUUUUAUCUCAUACCUCAUAGAUCUUGAUGAAGUUAUAAUCUACUAGUAAAAAAAAUUCAAUAAAAAGUAUGAUAUUACAGAAUUGUGUAAAUCAUACAACUGCAUCAUUCAUCUUAAUUGAUAUAAUUUUGUUUUUUAUUAUUGUUCCCAUAAUCAUUGACAGUUGAAAUAUACAGUUUUCUUAUUUUUUCUUUAAGAUAAAUUAAAAUGUUCUUUUAUAAAAAUUAUAUGAAUGAACAGGGUACAGAAUCGCCCCAUCUUGUUAUGGACGGCAUGGUUGAAGAAAAUGGAACCAAUGGUUCAGUCGAUACACUAGUAUCGCAAGGCAGUCCUAUUGUUGUUACAUCAGUGCAUUCAGUUAUUCAAGCAAACCAACAAUCUGUUAUACAAACUGCGACCCCUGGAACAAUGCUUACAAAAGGCAAUGUUAUAUUAUUAAGUAAACCAAAUUCGGUUAUUCAAACAACUCAAGGAAAUCUUCAAACUCUUCAGGUAGUCGUGGAAGCUGGUAGUGAUGAAAGUUUAUCUGCAAAUGAAGAUAGUCCUAAAAGAAGUCGAUUGGAUGCUUUAACGAGGAGACCAUCAUAUCGCAAGAUCUUGAAUGAUAUUGCAGGUGGUAAAGUUGAAUCAUCUGGAUCAGAUUGUGAUUCAAAUCUUGAUAGUGAAUUAUCUUCAAAUUCUCUUUCUGCACAUUAUCAAACAGUUAAUCUACCCCCUGCUGCAAUCCAAAUAAAUAGUCAAGGAGAAAUGCAUAAUAUGCCAACUUUAACAAUGUCAAAUGCAACAUCAGCUGGUGGAACUAUAUUACAGUAUGCAAGUCAAGAUGGUCAAUUUUUUGUACCUGUUGUUACUCAAGGAGGUUCUACAUUAAAUACAAACUCGUUAGUACCUGAAGAUCAAGUAAAAAAACGUGAGAUGAGACUAUUAAAAAAUAGAGAAGCUGCUAGAGAAUGUCGAAGAAAAAAGAAAGAGUAUAUUAAAUGCUUAGAAAAUAGAGUAUCUGUACUUGAAAACCAAAAUAAAGCACUAAUUGAAGAAUUAAAAACGUUAAAAGAACUUUAUUGCCAAACUAAGACUGAAUAGAGUUUAUUUUUAAUUCUUAAUAUUUAUAAGAGAAAAUCAUACCAGUUUUUGACCUUAACUGCAUGCUUUCAACGUGAUAUUUUUACAAAUUUCUUAUCAUAAGCUCACUUUGUAUCAAUGACUAAUAUAUUGGUCAUCAUCUGACUAUGUCUGAAACUUAUUUUAAUAUUUAAUGAAAAUUAUUUUUUUAAAAUCAAAAUAUAUUAUCCAUGGCCAAUUGAAUUUUUUACAAGAAUGGCGCCUUAUCAGUAAUAUUCUGUCACAUUAGAUUAACUUCAUAAUUAUAUAUUUUUAUUUAAAUUGUAACAACUCAUUUGAAAUUAUUGACAAUGUUAUAAAAAAAUAUUUAAAAACAAAAUUGAGCCACUCUAGUCUAUGUAUAUUUUAAUAGUUAAUUAAACAGUUAAUCUAUACCAUUUAUUGGUUGAAUAUAUGGGUGCAUAGAGUGUGUUGAUAGUAUUUUUAAGUUGGGGAUUUUAAUUACAGGAAGGAGUAUCAAUUAUCAUUGUGUUAAUUGUAUCUUCCUAUAAUAUUAUUGUAAGAUUUUAUUGUAAAGCCAAUAAAUAAAGAUCUGUGAUUUUUAUGUCACAUUUCCAUCAGAUAAUCUUAAGACACAUUUAAUAUUUAGUUGUUAUUUAUAUAAACUUUUUACAUUUUUAAGAUAAAAAAAUGUUUCUAAACACAUUUCUCCCAUACUGAAAUGUUUAAACAUAAUCAAUCACUAGUUGAAUUUAAUAAUUGUUGCAGUUUUUUUUUAUUGGCAUUGCUAUAGAAUGUUUUUAGGUAGUGGAAAUAAAUUAUUUUUUUAAAAUGAUAAGUUACCUAUACAGUUAUAUAAUUGAAUCACAAAUUUAUAUUUAUUAUGCUAUGUUCAGGA